AUGAUAAGGCUAUUCGGUAGCUUGUUGGUCUCCUCAAAGGCAUCCAAGCAGCCUCUUCUUGUGCGUGAACGAUUACUUGCUGCAUAUCUCAUUACUACCAAGCAAUGUUCCCAUGAACCUCGGUUCUUUUCGACUCAACUUCCAAAUACAAUACCUCAAGACUUCAAGUUUUCGCAGACGCAUGUUGUUAAAAGUGUCCAAGAAAAGAGCAAAAGUGGAAUCCGUGUUAUUUCUAUACAACAUGUGAAGCCUGCUAAGCCAACUCCCCAUGAACUCCGAUUAUACAAGCUUUCUGCAUUGGAUCAAAUCAACAUUCCCUCUUACGUUCCAUUUAUUUUCUUUUAUCCAAACAAUGCUAAUGGAAACACCAACAUCAACAUCAGCAUCGACAACUUGGUGGUUGAAAGAUCCAAACUCUUACGGGAUUCAUUGUCGGAAACACUCACUCGAUUUUACCCAUUUGCAGGAAAGUAUAUUGAUGAUAAUCAUAUUGAAUGUAACGACGAAGGUGUGCAUUAUGUCGAGACACAAGUUGAUGGUGAUCUCUCAAGUUUUGUCGCCAAACCAGAUUACAGUUUACUCCAGGGGCUACUCCCCCUAAAUUCUAAGGAGCCAACACGAGGACAAUAUCUCGUUAUGAUACAAGUGAACUUCUUUACUUGUGGUGGUGUUGCUAUUUCCAUGUACAAUUCGCAUAAGCUUAUUGAUGGUCGCACAUACUCGACGUUCUUAAAUGCUUGGGCGUCUACAGCAAAGGGAGAACCCCACAACAUGCUUUACCCUAAUUUUGUCUCUUCAUCUCUAUUCCAUCCCAACACUAAAGCGGCUUCAAAUGCAUCUUGCCCUCUAUCAUUCUUAGCUGUAAGGCCUUUGAUGUUGAAGAGUGGAAAGUGUUCCACCAAGAGAUUUCGGUUUGAUUCCUCGGCACUACAAGCACUGAAGGAGAAAGCAGCUGCAUCAUCAUCUGUCGCCUCUACUCGUGUUGUAGCAGUGACGUCACUGAUUUGGAAGUGUGCGACAACUGCUGCAAGGAGAUUACACGGAGAAAGACCAUCCAUUUUGCAAUUUGCCAUGAAUAUACGAGGAAGAUUGACGCCACCUUUACCAGAAAAUGCGAUUGGGAACAUUUGUUGGACAGGUGUAGCUAGUUGUGAAUUAAAAGAUAGCUUAAGAUUGGAGACCAUGAUUGGGCACGUUAAAGGUGGUAUAGCGAAAGUUGACAGUAUAUUUCUUGAGAAGUUUAAAGGAGAACAAGGGAGUGAUUAUAUUGUUGAUGGGAUGAAACGUUUAGGGGGUCAAAUGUCACGCUAUGAUGCAGAUUACUAUUCGUCUAGUAGCAUGUGUAAUUCUGGGUUAUAUGAUGCAGAUUUUGGAUGGGGAAGGCCAGUGUGGUCAUGCUAUGGGAAUUUUAACGACAAUAUUCCUCUUUAUGCCAAUAUUAUAAUAUUGAUGGAUACAAGCAAUGGUGAUGGGGUUGAAGCAUGGGUAACGCUGGGCCAAGAAGAAAUGGACAUACUCGAGUGUGACCCUGACCUCCUCUUAUACGCUUCUGUCGAGCCUAGUCCUUUGCAAAGUUGA